AUGACAAACUCAAGGUCGGGCGACAACAUGUCUGGUAAUCCAAAACGAGUUAAGGAUUCAAAUGAGGCGAUUAUACCCGUCAAGAGACUCAAGAAAGUCGCGUAUUUCCCAGUGAAUAAUUUAACAGAGCCCAUUCACAACAAAACCGCUACAAACACCACGAACCAGAGAUCCCCAAUACGACCACUUGAUCCUAAUACGCUUAAAUCGAAAAUACUGCCUGUUUCAGAAAUAAAAAAGAAAAACUACAGCGAUCAAUCUCAAUCACAGAAACAACAAGAGUUGAGUUUUCUACAAGAAAAUUCGGAUGAUAGCUUUGACGGGAUCAGAUGGAAAGAAAGUCCAGGUAGUGAAGAUAAAACACGCGUUCAAGGUGAUAAAAGUCAGGGUAACGGAUUGCCAUCCUCUCCAUUGAAGAAUAUAUGUCCUUCUACGGAAGAAGAAAAUGUUGAUGAUCGUACUGCGGACGUGUUGAAUAAAUAUGGUACGAUAUUCAGCAAUUCAUCUAUGUUACCCACAGCUUGUCUAAGUAAGUCGUGUUCUGAUAUUGGCCAAUUGCAAAGCAAUACUAAGAACAUGUACCAAGAUAUACCACAAGCUAGACGAGCAAAAUCAGGAGAAGAUUUUAGAACGAAAAAGAAAGUGACACCAAUCACAGAAUCAUUUCAAAGUACUUUGAACUCAUGGAUAAAUAAAUUUGAAGGUGACCCGGUAGAUGAAGUAUCAAAGAAAUCCAAUAAUAAAGACGCUGUCGCAAAUGCCACACUUCCAUCAGAAGAGGAUCCGUUUUCUGAUGACGAUGAUUUAAUUCAGGUAUUACAAACACAGAGUCAAGUCAAGUUUGAAAGAGCACUUCAGAAUAGAGUCACUACUGAAGCUGUACCAUCUGACAAUGAUGAUAGUUCUGAAGAUCCAUUUAGCGAUGACGACUCGGAAUUGAUGGAAUUGUUGACAACCCAAGCUCCUACAUCUACUUUUUCCAAAUUUGGACGAUCGUUCAAGAACGGCAUUAAAAACAUGGAAAAGUUGAUGGUUGAUAAAGACAUAUCUCUUGAUAACGAGGAUGAAUUGAAGGAUUUGGUGUACGAUAGACCAAUGGUUAGUAGAUACAAGAUUAUUCGAAUCACUGAGAAUUUUUUUGGGGAUCAACAGGAACGACAAUUUAUUGUUGAUGUUAUAAAUCCAAAUAACAAAAAAUCGAAAUUGGUUGUCCGAGGAGAUUAUUGUGAGUUGGAAUUACAGAAGAAUGAUAUUAUUCAUGUAAUCGUAACGCAUGCGUCUAACCCGCAAUUAAUUGACAAUUCCCAUAACUUGUUAAUUUGGAAUCCGGAUAUUUUGAUUUCAGCUACAAGCAUUGCUCAACAAGUUGGAUGUCCCAGAAAAACGGUUAUUCUUUCCCGAUACAAGUUCCCUGGUGUUCUGUCUAAACCUAUUAUUGUUGGUGAAAUAGUCCACUACAUUUUUCAAGAAUGUAUUUGUAAAGAGAAGUGGACAUUUGACUUCAUGAACAAUGUGCUAGAUGAACUCUUAAAAGAAUAUCUUUUGGCUAUAUUUGCUAUUGAAAAAAAUGUUGAAGAGAUCAGGGAUGAAGUAGUUAAACAUUUUGAGUAUUUGGAAACUUGGUUCGAGAGUUACUACAAGAAACCUUUUUCCAAUUCUAGUUAUAUCGAGGAAGCUUCUGAGAAGAAUCCUAUUAAGUUUGCAAUUGAAGAAGCGUUAGAUAUCGAAGAAGAAAUCAAAUCACCAAUGUUUGGUAUUAAAGGGAAUAUAGAUGCCACUGUGACAGCACGAUUUGAAGGCAAUGGUGUGAAUGGUAAAUUCAUGGUUCCAAUGGAAAUCAAAACUGGUAAAUCAUAUAUGUAUCACAACGCACAAGCUUCUUUAUAUGCAUUGUUGUUCCAGGAUAGGUAUGACUUUUUGAUAAAAUCCUAUUUGCUUGUCUAUACAAAGGAAAAGGUCACUCAGAAGUGCAAUAUUAGAAUUUCAGAUUUACGGUCACUAAUAAUUCUUCGAAAUAAACUAUCACAAUACAUCAAGAGUAAUAUAGGGUUACCGCCGUUGGUCAAAAAUUCCGAAUGUGACAGAUGUAAUAUCAGAAGUGAAUGUAUGACAUUGAACCACUUGGUGGAAGAAGGUACUAAAGAGGAAUCUGGAAUUGGUGAAGAUGAGUAUGAGGCUAUCACCAAAGACAUUUUUGAUAAUGACGUUUACCGAGACUAUUUUGUGUUUUGGGAUCACUUAAUAGCAUGUGAGGAGGAUUUCCUGAGUAGAACAGUAAAACACUUGUGGACAAUGACGGGUGCCGAAAGACAAGAUCAAGGCAAGUGUUUUGAUCGUAUGAAAAUAGUGCAAUCAAAUGACAAGGAAACAAAUACGUUUCUUUACGCAAUUAGACAUAGACAUAAGUCUGAUUCCCCGCAGUUUGAGUAUACUUUUGAGAAAGAAGAGGGUAAAGAAGUUAGGGAUUUGUUGAGAUCACAAUUGAAUGUCGGAGACAAAGUGAUCAUUAGUGAUGAAGCCGGUCAAUUUGCUAUUACAACAGGCAGUAUUGCAAGGUUGUCGCGCAGCGCCAUCACCAUUAAUACCAGAAGACGAAUUCUCACAUCGGACAACAAGUUGAAGAAUUAUAAUAAUAGCAAUAACCAAGUAUUUCAGAGUGUUAUACGACAAUCACAGUCUAAAGCUAAAUCUGGUGGUCAAAAAACAUUUAGAAUCGAUAAGGAUGAGAUGUUUUAUGGUCUAGGUCUAGCAAGAUACAAUGUCUUGAAUCUAUUUCUUCCUAAAGGGGCUGCAAAGACUCGUCGGAUGGUUGUUGAUUAUGAAAAGCCAACUUACAAAGACAAACCUGAAUUUAAAAUUCCAGACAAGCAAAAGUUCAACAGUGACCAAAUAGCCGCAAUGGAAAAGGUAUUUAGCACUAAUGAUUACGCGUUGAUAUUGGGGAUGCCUGGAACUGGUAAGACAACUGUGAUUGCAGAACUUAUUAGAAUAAUGGUGUCCGAAGGGAUGUCGGUGUUGCUUACGUCAUACACAAACUCUGCUGUCGAUAAUAUCUUGCUUAAGCUUAAAGAUUUGGGGGUCGACUUUUUAAGAGUGGGGUACCCACUGCGUGUUCAUAAGGAUAUCCACCCUUAUAUUCCUGAUAACAAGCACAUUAAAACCUAUAACCAAUAUUUCGACACAUACAAUUCACCAAAGGUUGUUGCUACCACGUGUCUCGGAAUCACAGACCCUUGUUUUAAUUUAAGAGGCUCAUUUGACAUAUGUAUAGUUGAUGAAGCAUCACAAAUUGCAUUGCCAAUCAACUUGGGCCCCUUGAGUUUUUCAAAAAGAUUUGUUAUGGUUGGUGAUCAUAAUCAAUUACCGCCAUUGGUUAAGCAUCCUUCACAAAGCGUGAAGCAAGCAUUGUCUCAGUCUUUAUUCAAGAAGUUGAGUACAAUACACCCAGAAUCCUUAGUCGAAUUGACUUAUCAGUAUAGAAUGUGUCAAGACAUUAUGGAAGUUUCGAAUAUUUUGAUAUAUGGUCAGAGAUUAAAAUGUGGUUCUGAGGAAGUUGCAAAGAGAUCAUUGGUAAUACCACAUCCUGGUGUUUUGAAAACCUUACAAUACGACAAGUCGCUAGCAAGAGAAUCUCGAUGGAUGGAAACAGUUUUUGAACCAAGUAAUAAAGUUUUAUUUCUUGAUCAUGACAACCUUCCGGCUUUGGAAGAAGCACGAGGUGACUCGAUCAAGAACUAUAUCGAGGCUAUGCUAGUUGAACAGGUUGUCGGUGCUUUGGUAGAAGCUGGGGUUGAAGAAUCACAAAUUGGGGUGAUGUCUGUUUACCGUUCACAGGUGCUCUUGUUGAAGAGGAACCUUUCACUAAGAAAAGAUAUUGAAGUCCUUACUGCUGAUCAAUUCCAAGGACGAGACAAAGAAUGCAUCAUCAUAUCACUUGUGAAAUCAAACGAGAAUAACAAUCCGGGUGAAUUGCUAAAAGAUUGGCGAAGAUUGAACGUGGCAAUAACACGUGCAAAAUCUAAGCUUAUUAUUCUCGGAUCUAGAUCGACUUUAUCCGCGACCGAAACAACAAAGACUUUUAUAGAGUUCUUAGAGGAGAAGAACUGGUAUUAUUCGCUUCCUAAAAACGCACAUAUGGUUUAUAACAUUGCUGCACAAGGUGUCCCAACCUCCCCAGUUAAAGCAAAGAGAACAAGCCAGAACCCGGCUCUUUUGCAGAACCAUCCCAUUCUCAGAAAUGUCAUACAAGAUAUUUCAAAUUGA